CAGAGACACAGUACUAGUCUUGGUUAUCAUAACAAGCUAAUUCAGCAUUUAUGUUCUUUCUUACAGUCCUCUGUUUCCUCUCCUGUACUCACAGAUUUAAAUCGGACACAGUUGAGUCAGUAAUGCGUUUAAUCCAUGAGCCUCAUUGAUUGCUCAGUCUUUUGAGUGGAAGGUCCAACCAAAGUUCAGCAGACGCAGGUCGAUGGGGAACAGUAGUUUUGCUGUGCGUACUCAUCGCCCACAGCAUGGAGGGUUCUAAGGACGUUUGAGAUAACUGGAAUCGUUUGGCGAAAUGAUAUGGAACUGUAAUGCGGUCAAAUCCUCAAGAUGCCUGGAACUACUUGGACCUGCCUUGAACAGCUGUAGUAUAAAGAGGCCUUACUGAGCCAUCGGAUUUCAUCAAAAAUAUCUUAUAUUGUGUUCCGAAGACGACAUGAGGUAACCAAGUCAUCUCUUGAUAAUAAAUGUCAGUGAAACCAGCUCCCACCCCAGCAAUACAAAGCAUGGCAUCAGGGGAGGGAAAGCAACUGAAAGAAAGAGACAGCGGUGAACGUACAAAAACACACGUGCAGCGUAAAAGCAGGUCGUGCUAAACGGUGACAAAGCUGAGUCAAGAGUUUUUUUCUGACCCGUGACUUUAAACUGUCCCAGAAUGGAACCUGCGCUCACGUUUGAAAAGGCACAAACCGCUUCAUCUUGAAAGAAAACAAAGGGUCUGGACCGGUUAAUUCAGAAGAGGACGACUCUGGAAGUCCCUACUGAAGUUUAAAAGCUCUGUGGCAUCACAGAUUCCUCCAUCAUGUCAGAAACUCAACCAACCCCUGCACAAACUGAGGUGCCUUCAGAGUCUCCAGAGGUGGAGUGUCCAGUUUGCUAUCAGGAGUACGACCAGGACUCCAAACUCCCACGCAUGCUGGAAUGCCUUCACGUCUUCUGCACGGAGUGUCUCCGCAAAAUCCAGCUCACUCCUUUGCACCCGCCUGACCCCAACAGCACCCCCUCAAUCUCCUGCCCCCUGUGCCGCCACUCCACCCCGCUACAGGGUGGCGACACAUACUCUCUCCCCUGCAACUCACGGAUUCUCGCCCAGCUCCCUCCCGUAGCCUUUCGUCUACCUGCGUCGGUGUCUGCCCGGCUGGCCACGGUGACCCAGCGGUUGGUUCUGUCCCUGGGGGAGAGGGAUACCCGCUUCAUAAUCCUGCCCACUGUUAGUCUGAGGGUGGAGCAGAUGGGAGACGGCACAGAAAGGGUAAACCCAGCUGGGGUGCUGCAUCGAGAGAUGGAGGUUCUGAGGAGUCACAAGAAGAGCCUGAUGUGUGUUCAGGUUCUGGCUAUCAUCUUCUGGAUUAUGUUUGUGCUGACUUGUGUUCUUGGGGUUGUGUUUGGGCCAAGCUUUUUCCACAAUUAGGAAAUUAAGGACAUGGGUGUAUAUCCCCUAUAUGUAUAUACAUUAAUAUAUUUAUUCUGUCCCUGCAUCUUCCAAAUGAGAACUUUCAGAUCAUUAUAAAUCAUGAUUUUCAGAUCAUUUUAAUUACAUGUUUUUGUCUAUUCUGUCAAUCGACAGGAUGAGCAAUUAAAUCCACAGUUAACCUAAAAAUAUUUAAACACAUAAAUGUUUGAAUGCUAUUGGAUUAAAUAACAAAAUAUUAAGCCAAUUAGCAUUUUUAGAUAGUAUGAACAGAGUUUAAGCAAAACAUAUUAGAGUAUACAAAGUUUAAGUAUGUAACUGUAUGUAACUUUUGGCCCUCUAGCGGUUAAAAAACAAAACUGCAUGCAUUCUAUGGAAGGACAUUGUUUUGUUUGUGCAUCGGCUCUGUGUGACUGUAUGGAUGAAAAUGACCCUUCACAGUAGAUUGCUUUACAAUGAACUCUGUUAGAGAGCUACAUAUGGCAAUUUAUCUGUUCAAUAAAAUACCUUACUCACCUGUUGAGUAAUAAAAACACCAUCUCCUCAUCGCUUUUACAAUAUUUCAAAUCCCUCAGUUCUCGCCAUCUCCAAAAAGCCAAGCCAGUGUUUAUUCUCAUUUUAUUACGAGCUCUGUCACGUUCUCUUUUUGCCAGCAGAAUCUCCUCUGUUCAACUUUUUUUUAAAAAAAGAAAAUUGGGUGAUUCCCUGGAGUUUGGCGAUUUAGCUGCUCCAUUUCUCGCUCAUUGUGACAACUAACAUAUGUCACUCCCACACCAUACAUGCGUCAGUAGUAGCCAGAGCAACUUUUCUCUAUUUAUGGAUAUGACAAGACACGCACGGGCGAGUGACAUAUGUAUGCAAUUUCCUGUGAAAACCAUCAUGACAGGUCUAAAUUAUAAAUACUUCUAAUAGGCUUACCAAAACACAAAAACACAUUUUGGAAGAAGGAUAUGUAUUGACUCGUUAUUUAAAUUUUGUUAAUUUUGAACAAAAAAAGUUACAUAGUGUACCUUUAAAAGAAAUGCAAAAAAUUGUGAGGUUAGAUCUGAGAAUAGCUCUAUAUUAUUGUGUUUAAUUCAAUUUAUUUUAUAUAUCGGGUUUAAGUGUUCAAAUACUUUAUGGGCCCACUCUAUAUGAAUUAAUUCUGUUCAUAUUACAAUGUGUGUAUAGUCUUACAAUAAUCUCUGUCCUUGACUGUUAUGUGAAUAUUUAUCUACAUAUUUUAUUAAUAAAGGGCAAUAUUCUCUUUUCUCUAA